AUGUCACCCGAUCACAGCCAGUGGUAUUCUUUACUCCCUUUGGUUAGUGGUAUUCUUUACUCCCCCUUGGUUAGUGGGAUUCUUUACUCCCCUUUGGUAAGUGGUAUUCUUUACUCCCCUUUGGUUAGUGGUAUUCUUUACUCCCCUUUGGUUAGUGGUAUUCUUUACUCCCCUUUGGUAAGUGAUAUUCUUUACUCCCCUUUGGUAAGUGGUAUUCUUUACUCCCCUUUGGUUAGUGAUAUUCUUUACUCCCCUUUGGUUAGUGAUAUUCUUUACUCCCCUUUGGUUAGUGAUAUUCUUUACUCCCCUUUGGUUAGUGAUAUUUUUUACUCCCCUUUGGUUAGUGGGAUUCUUUACUCCCCUUUGGUUAGUGAUAUUCUUUACCCCCCUUUGGUUAGUGGUAUUCUUUACUCCCCUUUGGUUAGUGGUAUUCUUUACUUCCCUUUGGUUAGUGGUAUUCUUUACUCCACCUUGGUUAGUGAUAUUCUUUACUCCCCUUUGGUUAGUGGUAUUCUUUACUCCCCUUUGGUAAGUGGGAUUCUUUACUCCCCUUUGGUUAGUGGUAUUCUUUACUCCCCUUUGGUUAGUGGUAUUCUUUACUCCCCUUUGGUUAGUGGUAUUCUUUACUCCCCUUUGGUUAGUGGUAUUCUUUACUCCCCUUUGGUUAGUGAUAUUCUUUACUCCCCUUUGGUAAGUGGUAUUCUUUACUCCCCUUUGAAUAGUAGUAUUCUUUACUCCCCCUUGGUUAGUGGUAUUCUUUACUCCCCUUUGGUUAGUGGGAUUCUUUACUCCCCCUUGGUUAGUGGUAUUCUUUACUCCCCUUUGGUUAGUGGGAUUCUUUACUCCCCCUUGGUUAGUGGUAUUCUUUACUCCCCUUUGGUAAGUGGUAUUCUUUACUCCCCUUUGGUUAGUGGUAUUCUUUACUCCCCCUUGGUUAGUGGUAUUCUUUACUCCUCCUUGGAUAGUGGGAUUCUUUACUCCCCUUUGGUUAGUGAUAUUCUUUACUCCCCUUUGGUUAGUGAUAUUCUUUACUCCCCCUUGGUUAGUGGUAUUCUUUACUCCCCCUUGGUUAGUGGGAUUCUUUACUCCCCUUUGGUUAGUGAUAUUCUUUACUCCCCUUUGGUUAGUGAUAUUCUUUACUCCCCUUUGGUUAGUGGUAUUCUUUACUCCCCUUUGGUUAGUGGUAUUCUUUACUCCCCUUUGGUUAGUGGUAUUCUUUACUCCCCUUUGGUUAGUGGUAUUCUUUACUCCCCUUUGGUAAGUGGUAUUCUUUACUCCCUUUGGUAAGUGGUAUUCUUUACUCCCUUUGGUUAGUGAUAUUCUUUACUCCCCCUUGGUUAGUGGUAUUCUUUACUCCCCCUUGGUUAGUGGGAUUCUUUACUCCCCUUUGGUUAGUGGUAUUCUUUACUCCCCUUUUGUUAGUGGUAUUCUUUACUCCCCUUUGGUUAGUGAUAUUCUUUACUCCCCUUUGGUAAGUGGUAUUCUUUACUCCCCUUUGGUUAGUGGUAUUCUUUACUCCCCUUUGGUUAGUGAUAUUCUUUACUCCCUUUGGUAAGUGGUAUUCUUUACUCCAAUUUGGUUAGUGAUAUUCUUUACUCCCCUUUGGUUAGUGGUAUUCUUUACUCCCCUUUGGUUAGUGAUAUUCUUUACUCCCUUUGGUAAGUGGUAUUCUUUACUCCCCUUUGGUUAGUGGUAUUCUUUACUCCACUUUGGUUAGUGGUAUUCUUUACUCCAAUUUGGUUAGUGAUAUUCUUUACUCCCCUUUGGUUAGUGAUAUUCUUUACUCCCCUUUGGUUAGUGAUAUUCUUUACUCCCCCUUGGUUAGUGAUAUUCUUUACUCCCCUUUGGUAAGUGAUAUUCUUUACUCCCCUUUGGUUAGUGAUAUUCUUUACUCCCCUUUGGUUAGUGGUAUUCUUUACUCCCCUUUGGUUAGUGGUAUUCUUUACCACUUUGGUUAGUGGUAUUCUUUACUCCCCCUUGGUUAGUGGUAUUCUUUACUCCCCUUUGGUUAUAAUGAUAUUCUUUACUCCCAUUUGGUUAGUGAUAUUCUUUACUCCCCUUUGGUUAGU